AUGGCCGUCCCCAAACUCAAAGUCGGCGUCGCCGGUCUCGGCCGCGUAGCCAAACGUCAUGCCAGGAAUUUUCUCAACUUCACCCCCCAGGCAGAGCUUGUCGCCGCCUUCUCGCCCGACCCGACGGAGCUGGCCUGGGGCAGACAGCAUCUCGAAUCCUACGGUGUCACCCUCUAUGACGACUACGACAAGAUGCUGCAGCACCCGGGGCUGAUGGCCGUCGUCAUCGGGACUGCCACCUCCGUCCAUGCGGAGGAGACGAUCAAGGCGAUGCAGAAGAACUUGCAUGUGCUUUGUGAGAAGCCGCUUUCGACGGAUCCGCGUGUUUGCAGAGAGGUGGUCGCCGAAGCGAGAAAAAGGCCACAUCUGAAGGUGAUGUGCGGCUUCUCCCGCCGCUUCGACGAUUCGUACCGCGACGCAUUCAACAAAGUCAGCCAGGGCCUGAUCGGCCGGCCGUCCAUCGUCCGGAGCCAGACCUGCGACAAGUACGAUCCGUCCGGCUUCUACGUCCAAUACGCGUCGUGGUCCGGCGGAGUGUUUGUCGACAUGUCGGUGCACGACAUCGAUCUGACCCUGUGGUUCCUGGGAGACGACAUCGUCCCCAAGAGUAUCUCUGCCCAUGGCAUCGUCGCUGUCCAGCCCGAGCUGAAAAAGUACAACGACUACGACAAUGCGGUCGGCAUUGUCGAGUUCCACGGUGGAAAAAUCGCCUACUUUUACUGCUCGCGCAUGAUGGCCCAUGGGCAGGAGGACACGACCGAGAUCAUCGGCACCGAAGGCAAGGUGUCGGUCAACACCAACCCGCAGCGCAAUCUGGUUAACUACUACCACGCCGGCGGAAUCACCCGCGAGGUGCCCGAGGACUUCCAGGGCCGGUUCGAGAAGGCGUUUAUCCAGGAGGCGAACGAAUUCACCGACGCCUGUCUGAACAACAAGCCCCUGCCCAUGAAGUUGAGCAACGCCGCCAAGGCGGUUGAGAUCGGCGCCUAUUUGCAAGAAGCCCUGGUGACGGGGAAGCAAAUCCACUUUGACGAGUUUGGCCGGAGGAUCGAGCGACCUAAUCUGUAG